CUCGGCGCCCGCGGUACAUGGACCGGAACCCCGGGCCGACGGGCAGGAACAGGGCCCGAGAUCGCCGCCUCCCCGCGUCAGGCUCCUCCUCCCUGCUCCCCACCUCCUCCGGUCGACCGCUGGCCACGCAUCACCGUCGCUGGCCUAGCUGAGCCUCCCCGGGCGGCUGGGUGGCGGGUUCGCGGCUGCCGCGGGGCUGAGGCCUACUCCGCCGCCUCUCAGUGCUAUUGUCCCUGGGCGGGCCUGGCCGCGACCGGGCCCCUGGGCAGGGCCAAGUGCGCCGGCUCUGCGGAAGAUGCCGGACCAAGCCCUACAGCAGAUGCUGGACAGAAGUUGCUGGGUGUGUUUUGCCACUGAUGAAGAUGAUCGAACAGCUGAAUGGGUGAGACCAUGCAGGUGCAGAGGAUCUACCAAAUGGAGAAUGAGAGAAAGGUACUGGAACUCUGUGGACCUUGGGUUGGUGAGAGGAAGAGGUCUAGUCUGUCCAGUCGUUUAUGUCUUGGAUCUUGCAGAUAGACUGAUCUCAAAAGCUUGUCCAUUUGCUGCAGCGGGGAUAAUGGUUGGCUCUAUCUAUUGGACAGCUGUGACUUACGGAGCAGUGACAGUGAUGCAGGUUGUAGGCCAUAAAGAAGGGCUGGAUGUGAUGGAAAGAGCUGAUCCUUUAUUCCUUUUAAUUGGACUUCCUACUAUUCCUGUCAUGCUGAUACUAGGCAAGAUGAUUCGCUGGGAGGACUAUGUGCUUAGACUAUGGCGCAAAUAUUCAAAUAAACUACAAAUUUUAAACAGUAUAUUUCCAGGCAUUGGUUGUCCUGUUCCUCGAAUUCCUGCUGAAGCUAAUCCUUUAGCAGAUCAUGUUUCUGCUACCCGAAUUUUGUGUGGAGCCCUUGUCUUUCCUACUAUUGCAACAAUAGUUGGUAAACUGAUGUUCAGUAGUGUUAACUCUAAUUUACAAAGGACAAUCUUGGGAGGAAUUGCUUUUGUUGCCAUAAAAGGAGCAUUUAAGGUUUACUUCAAACAGCAGCAAUAUUUACGCCAGGCACACCGCAAGAUUCUAAAUUAUCCUGAGCAAGAAGAAGCAUAAAACUGUGAUUUCUGGUUCUUCUGCAGUCCUCUCAUCCAUACGAGUCUGUUGUCUGGUUUUGAUUCCAUCUUUAGUGCACUAGUGGAGACUUGUGAUAAGCUGCUGCUCUUAUAUUUUUAACAAGUAUAAUAAAGCACUUAAGGCAGGAGAAAUCCUCUCAGUAAUCAUGGAACCUAAGGAUGUGAUUUAUUGUCAUUGUUUUGUAUGUAUUUCCUUUAAGGCAGUCAUCUAAACUGUUAGCAUGGUAAACUGAGUUCAUAUUUUCUCCAGACAGACAUGUAAAGAUCAAUCUAUACAAAUAUAAAAAUGCACAUGCUAUUUUACUCUGAUGUCUCUUUUGUACAUGUUCAUGUUGGGUGUUUUCUUAGAAUCAGUAAUUCAAUGAAGGUACUAUGGGGAUUUUUUUCAUUGGCAUAAUUUGAUUACAUACUAAACAGAAACCUGUUAAUAUGAGGAAAUGUAAAUUAAAUUAGUUAUAAAUAAAUAACAAGCCAAAAAUGUAUGUAAACAUUCAACUGGUUAUCUACAAAAUGAAAUUUUGUUCGUUUCUUUAACCCAUGUGAUGUUCUCUAAAGUGUUCUCUAAAGUGUAUAGGGUUCACAGGGCUUCCAGAUUAAAUUUUCACUAUUAAAUUUUAUUUAUACAAUGUUGA